AUGGAAUCCUUUGUCGACGGAACCACCUACACUUAUUUCUCUAAUGUCGAUAACACCUUGGAUUACACAUUCGACCCUCAGUUUAUCCCCUUCCCAUCAGGGGAUGCACUUGACAGCUUUCUCUACCCUUACUCAUUCCCUUCAUUCCAACCACCAAUGCCCUUGUUGGAUACUUCCUGCACAUCCAACCUGGACGCCAGCUACAACACGCUCAACGUCCAGUCAGUGGCGCCUUCUCCACCUUCAGCUUUCUCGCCUGCCUCGACCGAAUCGUUGGACUUCGCUUCAUCUCCCAGCAGUGGAGUUGCGUCACCACCAUCUCCUCCCAGAGAGACGGAGCCUGAGAACUGGGGCCCUGCGGACUUGCAUCAGAUGGGCUAUCUUGACGUGUCCGGCAACUGGCGCUGCCGGUACUCUGGCUGCUGCUCCUCUCGCGUUUUCCUCCGGGCAUGCGAUCUCAGGAAGCACUUCCGCGGCCACGCCAAGUAUUUCUUCUGCACCGAGGAGAAGUGCCAGCAAGCGGGUGUUGGUUUCGCGACCCGCAAGGAUUUCCAGCGACACAUGGGAUCACACAAGCCCGCCGUUCGCUGCCUGCAUCCUGAUUGUGAUCGGAUCUUCAGCCGCAAGGACAAUAUGAGGGAGCAUUAUAAAAAGAUUCACCAACGUCAGAGGAACAACCUCUUCCCGCGCAAAUGCCGCGAGAUUAAGAUCAGAGAGUAUUUGGCUGCUUCGCCACAGUCAAAUUACGGGGCUUACACCGUAAACUUCUAA